AUGCCAGUAACGAGAAGCCAGAAAGGCAAAAUGGAACCAUUACGUCCACCUACUACAACAAGUGAGGAAACAGGCACAACACAUAGAACUCCUACAAGUCGAGGAACUACAAGUGGAACUGAGGACUCCACAAACACAAGCAUGCAAACUGGAACGCGAGAACAAGCACUACCGGGAAGCACGAUGACAUUAGUUCCAAUGGAACCGAGAGAUAGCGAGCCUACGCAGACAACGCGCUCCCCAUCUAGGAGCAAGAGAGCAGGAACAAGCAAGUCAGUGAAAACAAGAAGGAAACUUCAAUUGGAAAAAGAAAUUGCGGAACUCAAAUUGGAACAAAUAAAAGCAGAAACCGCGAAAAGGGAAGCAGAGGCGAAACUUCUUGAGGAAGAAUCUGAUUCCGACCUAGAGGAACCAGAGGACAGGGCGGAUCGUGUACGAAGUUGGAUGGCUGGCACACAAGACAACGCGUCAUGUAUGGAAGUUCCAUUCAACAGAAAUGAAGAUCUACCAAUGAACAACCUCGCUUCAGCUAUAGCGGCGGCAUUCGAAAAAGCUACUUCGAAACACAAACCGUUGCCACCGAAGUACAUGUUUGAGUUACCAACAUUUAAUGGAGAUAGUGCAGAAUGGCUAGCUUUCCUAACAGUAUACACCGAAACAUCUACUAUGUUUUCGGCAGUUCAGAAUAUGGCUCGACUAAGAAAAAGCAUCGUGGGACAAGCAAGAGAAGCAGUGAAAAAUAUAUUGUAUUCGGAUUCUCAACCCAACGACGUCAUGGAAGCAUUAAGGAGAAGAUUCGGUAGAGCGGACUUAUUAGUCACGGCCGAAUUAGACAAAUUAAGGGCGCUUCCUCGUGUAAGUGAAAAUGUACAAGAACUUAGUGCAUUCUCAUGUAAAGUCAACAACAGUGUGACAAGUAUCAAAGGGUUAAAGAAAAACAAGUACCUACACUCACCGGAAAUAGUGAAACAAAUCACAGAAAAAUUACCAGCGUUUAUUCAAUUUAGAUGGUGUGAUUAUAUCGCACAAUACGACGAAGAUGAACCUGAUCUCGAAAUAUUAGCUAACUUCCUGAACAAAGAAGCCGAUAGAAGUGUUGUGCUGCUAUCAAACGAAAAGAAGAAAGUGAUACAACCAAAGAGGCAGUCAGCACACGUAGCAGUUGAACAACCCAUGAGAAGGGGAAUUCAAUGUAUUCAAUGCAAAGGAGAUCACUAUUUUUCGGAAUGCAAAGAAUUGAAAAACGCAAGUAUCGACGAAAGGUGGGAAAUGGUAAAAAAGUUAAAAGUUUGCUUCAAUUGCCUAAGAGGACGACAUCGAAAAGAUGAUUGCAGGUCUAGACCCUGCCGACAAUGUAAGAGAUUACACCAUGCGCUUCUUCAUAAGGAAUAUAAGAAAGAAAACAGUACAUAUGAAAAGAAGAAAGAAGAAGCUAGUGUUACUGGAACUGUCAACACUUUGAAAACACCACAAGCGCUAUUGAAAAUAAUGCCCGUACAGCUAUACGGGCCAACGAAAUCUGUGAAAGUAUUAGCACUUCUGGAUGAAGGUUCGACAGUCACAUUGCUGGACGAAGCUACAGCAAAAGAAAUAGGAGCAACAGGACCGAAAGAAAUCCUUGCUCUAGAAACAGUUGGUGGAAAUACAAUAAGAAACACGGAUUCUGAAAGAAUCAAUUUGAAGAUUAAAGGCGUCCACCGACGGAAGAAAAUGAACAUAAAUAACGUGAGAACAAUUAAAGAAAUCCAGUUGUCACCGCAAGCAGUGGAUAGGGCGAGAUUGGAAGCCUGUCCACACCUGAAGCCUCUUAUCGACAAAAUAUGUUACGAAGACAUGCCUCCAAAAAUGUUAAUAGGUCAGGACAAUUGGGAACUGAUCGUAUCGAGACACACUAGGAAACGCAAGAAGGACGAACCCGUUGCUUCAUUCACGAAGCUGGGAUGGGUAUUACACGGUUGCGAUGAACACUUCGCAAUAGAAGCACUAGGUGUCACUGAAAGGAAGCCAUCGUCUGACAUUGAAGAGAGAGCAACCAAGAAAUUGGAAGAAGUCGUGCGAAAAGUUGCUGUCGAUAAAUACGAAGCGGGAUUAAUCUGGAAAGCGGAAGACGAAACUCUUCCAGACAAUCGAUCAACUGCGGAAAGCAGAAUGAGAAACUUGGAGAAAAAGUUGGAUAAAGAUCCUGAACUGAAAGCCGACUACGAGAAACAGAUGCAACAUUUAUUAGAUUCAGACUACGCAGAAGAAGCUCCGAAUCAAAGUAAAUCCACGAGAUUGUGGUACUUACCGCACUUCGCCGUCACUCACCCAACGAAAAAGAAAAGAAGAAUAGUAUUCGAUGCAGCAGCAAGAUCCAAUGGGAAGUGUCUGAACGACGCGCUCUUAUCUGGACCGGAUCUGCUUCAAUCAUUAUGGGGUGUGUUAAUACGCUUUCGUCAAGGUCCUAUAGCAGUCGUAGCUGACAUUAAAGAGAUGUUCCUGCAAAUCCUCAUGAGAGAAGACGACAGAGAUAGUUUGCGAUUCUUAUGGAGAGGAGGCGACAGGACAGGACCAAUGAAGGAGUAUCGUCUUAAAACUGUGAUAUUCGGAGCGGCCUCAUCACCCAGUACAGCAAUAUUUGUGAAAAACAAAAACGCGAAAGACAACGGACAAGGGCACCAUGAGGCCAUCAAAGCGAUAGAAAAGAAUCAUUACAUGGACGAUUAUCUACAAAGUUUUUGGAAAGAAGAACAUGCGGUAGAAGUCGCCACGACAGUCGACGAAAUACAUAAGAAAGCAAGUUUCCAUUUAAGAGGAUGGGCAUCCAACCGUCCUAACGUAUUGAAAAGGAUCAACGGAGACAAUAGUCUGGAAAAGGAAUUAGGACUUGGUCAGCAAGAAGAGAAAACGCUCGGAAUGAAAUGGAAAGUGCAAGAAGACUGCUUCUCAUUUCGGGUAGCUAUGAGAAACGUACCAAGGGAAAUUUUACGAGGAGAAAAGACCCCUACGAAAAGACAAGUGGUCAGCGCGAUCAUGUCAACAUUUGAUCCCUUGGGAUUAAUAGCUCCAGUUCUUAUUCAAGGUAAGAAACUAAUGCAGAAUAUCUGGAGAAGCGGAGUUGGAUGGGACACCGAGAUUUUGGCAUCAGAAGAAGACGAAUGGCGUAAAUACUUACAACAUAUGAAGACAAUAGAAGAGCUCACAAUACCACGAUGCAUCUCUCCUCACCACACCGAGGGAGAGCUACACGUCUUCACGGAUGCAAGCGAAACGUCCUAUGCAGCCUCAGCAUAUUGGAAAACGAUGGAAGAAGAUACGAAAACCUCGUUGAUCGCAGCAAAGAACAGGGUAACUCCUCUAAAACCGAUAUCCGUUCCAAGACUGGAACUUCAAGCAGCACUGUUAGGUUGCAGACUAGCACGCGCAAUUGAAAAAGAAAUGGAUCUGACGGUAGUGAAAAAGACUUUUUGGACAGACUCAACGACGGUUCUUUCAUGGAUCAAAUCAGACCCGAGGACAUUUAAGACGUUCGUGGCACAUCGCUUGGCCGAAAUCGAAGAACUUUCGAAACCACAAGAUUGGAGAUGGGUACCGACAAACCAAAACCCGGCUGACGAUGCAACCAGGGAUGUGCCCGAAAACUUCAACGAAAGACACAGAUGGUUUGAAGGGCCUGAAUUUUUAAAACAAUCUGAGGAACAUUGGCCGAAGCCGAAAGAAAUCAAGAGAGAACCGCACGAAGAGGACAAGAAGAUUGAAAAAGUAGCAACAACGAGACAGAAAGAGUUUUCUACGCCAGAUCCGAAAAGAUUUUCAAGUUGGAACAGACUCCUAAGGUCCACGGUAAGAGUGGUUCAGUUCAUCGAAAUAUUAAGAAAUAAUAAGCAUGAAAAAGAGAAAGUCAACGCGACUAAGAAAGAUGAACCAUGGAGGAAGAACAGGAAAAGGAAGAAGACUCCAAUUGUUCUAAAAAAGAUUUCAAAAGAGCAACAAAAACUCUUUAUUCCGUUGGAAACGCAUCAGUUAGCGAAAGCAGAGGAACUAUUGAUGCGACGAAGUCAAGAAGAGAGUUUCAAAGCCGAAAUAGCUACGUUGAGAAAAGGUCAACAUUUAACGAAAAGUCAGAAGCUGCAUAAUUUAGAUAUAGUCGAAAUCGACGGAAUACUUCGAUUGAAAGGAAGAAUUAACGCCGUCGAAGGAACACAACAAGAGAAGAACCCGAUAGUAUUAGACAAACGUGAUUGGGUAACACGACUGCUUAUCCAACAUUACCACAAUGUGUUCCAUCACGGAAACCACGCUACUGUCAUCAACGAAUUAAGACAAAGAUACUGGAUCGUGGGAAUAAGAGCAGCAGUACGAUCAAUCGCGCACCUCUGUCAAUGGUGCAAAGUAAGAAAAUCCAUGCCGACGACGAUACCGAUGGGAGAUCUGCCUCCAGAAAGACUGUCUCACAACAGUCACCCGUUCACUUGCACAGCUGUAGAUUACUUCGGACCGAUGACCAUUACCAUUGGGAGAAGACAUGAAAAACGAUGGGGCGCACUGUUCACCUGUCUCACAACCAGAGCAGUGCACGUAGAGUUGGCUACAUCACUGUCAACCGACUCCAUGAUCAUGGCCCUGAGAAGAUUCGCCGCGAGAAGAGGUAUGCCAAAAGUAAUCUAUAGUGACAAUGGUACUAAUUUUGUGGGUGCCAACAGAGAAUUGAAAGAAGCUGUAGAAGCAUUGAAGAAAGAAGAGGUAGAGGCAGCCGCGGACAACAUUGGCGUCAGGUGGAAAUUCAUACCGCCUGGUGCUCCGAACAUGGGAGGAGCGUGGGAGAGACUGGUACGGUCCGUUAAGACUUCACUGACGGCCGUGCUCAAAGAGAAAAAUCCUUCAGAAGAGACGCUACACACUCUUCUGCUUGAGGUCGAGCACAUUAUCAACUCUCGACCUCUCACCGAACUGGAAGACUACACCAAUCCAGAGUCACUCACGCCCAACCACUUCCUCAUUGGGCGAUCCUGCGGCGCGCCUAGGCUGGGCGCGUUCUCCGAUUCCGAUCUUGUCGGAAAACCUUCGUGGAAGACUUCGCAGCGGCUAGCGGACCACUUCUGGUCUCGCUGGCUGAAAGAAUAUCUUCCUGGCUUGCUGCCACGGAGGAACGUCGGCCAGCCAACCCGAGACAUCCGAUGUGGGGACAUCGUAGCAGUCCUGGAUCCUGCCUUACCGCGAGGCACGUGGCCUCGCGGGAGGGUAGUGCGCACGCUGCCGGGCCCCGACGACCGGACCAGAGUCGUUGAUGUGGCUACCGGUGGUGGCAUUCUGCGACGGCCAGCUUCGAAGCUAGUAGUGAUAGUGCCAGUGAAUAGUGAAAACAAAGCAGAGCAAAAGUGA